ACAGUGUUGACAGGUUACGUCACGAGGUUGGAGAGGGCUUCCGCGGGGAUUCCCCCCGGUGCGCUUCCGGCUGCAGUCGCGGGAAAUAAUCGCUUUUGUUUGGCAGACGCAGUUGUUCGUGAUUCUUUUGAGAGACGUGAAGUCUACGUGUCCUCUUGUGUGUGUCGGUACGUUGUGUGUCCUCUGCUGUGUGGUAUUUCCUCUUUGAUUUGACAACAGCCUGUUCCUAUGGAUCAGACUGAGACUCAGGGUGACGCACUUUCAAAUCACAAUUUGCCGCGUUACAGGGGGCGUGGUCUUGUCAACUUUAUGAAUGGAUUAUGAAUGUCGUGAUGGGAUUGGACCAAUCAGAGCAACCGCACUUGGUAACCGGGGGGGGGUCAAUCCUGGCUUUAAGCCUCACUUAGAGAAAUUCUCUCUCAAGAGUCCAGACCUGAAGAGUCCAGACCCGAAGAGUCCAGACCCGAAGAGUCCAGACCCGAAGUGUCCAGACCCGAAGUUUCCAGACCCGAAGAGUUCCAGACCCGAAGAGUCCGGACCCGAAGAGUUCCAGACCCGAAGAGUUCCAGACCCGAAGAGUCCGGACCCGAAGAGUUCCAGACCCGAAGAGUCCGGACCCGAAGAGUCCAGAGGAGAGAUGCUUGGUGCUGGAUGCAUCCUUUCAGGUGUUGCUGCUCUGUUGGUGUUUCAGCUUCCUCUGGUGUCCUCACAUCAGAACUGUAGCGUCACACAACAGCUGGAUGGUUCCUUCAUGUACGAGCUGUCUCAGCCACACGCCUCCAGCUGUCACAUCAGCUGGGAGGACGUCCAUAAAACCGUCAUCGCCCUCAACUCUAGUAGACAUGAAACUCUGGUGCAGGCUCUGAACAACCAGUCCAUCACCAUGAAGAUCUGCUCUGACUUCCUGCUCUACAGAAAAGAGUGUUCAGGGGUCCAGGUGACAACCGCCUGCUCAGUGAACUGUACUCGUCUCUUGGAGCAGAGCCCAACAAUAACAAGCGUGAACCCCGACUUGAUCUGCCUCACUGUCGACCGGUGUCUGGACCAUGUGACGUUUGGACUCGGUCUCUUCGUUGUGGUCGUUGUGGUCGUUGUGGUCGUUGUCGUUGUGUGUCUGUGCAUCUAUAAACCAAGAUGUUUGAGAACGGCGGCAGUUUCAUAUUCUGCUCCUAGUGAAACGAUCAAGAUCGAACUUGAAUCUUAUGACUGACACGUCCAAAUUUAACCGAUAAAUGUUAUCGACUUCAAUAAGCUAUUUGUAAGGAUAUUCAAUAACUAUAUUGAAUAUAUAUAAACAUAAGAAAAAGCUGAUUUCCUGCUUCACGUCAUUUUAUUUGACGUUUUGUGUCAUUAGAGUUUUAUCAAAGAGGAAAUGUCAACAGCCUGUUCUGUGUCAAACGCCCUUUCAGGGCACCGACAUGUUUCAACAUGUUUCUUGUGGUGGAUCUCGUUUGCCUCCGUCAGGCCAAGAGCAGUAUCCAUCAACAGGUUGUAUUUUUGUGCAAUAAAUUCAAGUUAUAAUAAAGUUUUUCAAUGAGU